AUGGCGGCAGACGAACAGCGGAGAAACACACUGAAGAUCCUGAUCGCCACGGACAAUCACUUGGGCGUCUGGGAAAGGGACAAUGUUCGGAGGGACGACUCCUUCGACGCAUUCGAGGAGGUGUUCGAGAUGGCGCAGAGGCUGGAGGUGGACUGCGUGCUGCUGGGUGGCGACCUGUUUCACGAGAACAAGCCGUCGCGUUCGACGCUGAUCAGGGCCAUGGGCACGCUCACGAGGCACUGCCUCAGCGACAAGCCGGUCAAUUUCCAGGUGCUCAGCGAUCAGUCGGCAUUCGAGCGCAAGUGCGUCAACUUCGAGGAUCCCAAUCUGAACAUCGGCAUGCCGGUGUUCACCAUACACGGGAACCACGACGACCCGUCAGGGGACGGCAACUUGUCGUCCGUGGACGUGCUGUCUUCCUGCGGCCUGGUGAACUACUUCGGAAAAAUGACACUGGGGGGCUCCCAAGGACCGGGGAAAAUUCGACUGGCACCUGUGCUCCUGCAGAAGGGAUCAACAAAGGUUGCAUUGUAUGGCCUUGGCCACAUCCGUGAUGAAAGACUAGGAAGGCUCUUUCAGACGCCUGGCUGCGUGGAGUGGAUUCGUCCAAAGGAGUCGCCUGGAUACCCCACUGACGACUGGUUCAACAUUUUUGUUCUCCACCAGAAUCGAGUGCAGCAUGGACAGCAUGCUAAGAACUGCAUUCAAGAGAAAUGCCUAGCCAGUUUCCUGGAUCUUGUUAUCUGGGGACAUGAGCAUGAGUGCAUCCCUGAACCACAGGAGAGCGCAGUUGGAAACUUCUCAAUUUUGCAGCCAGGAUCAUCGGUGGCGACAGCUCUCAGCGAAGGUGAAUCCAAGCCCAAGCACGUGUUUGUACUGGAUAUUCUUGGGGAUAAAUGGAGGACAAUGAGGCAUGAAAUAAAGAGUGUAAGGCCCUAUGAAUUUGCUCAGGUGACUUUGGCAGAUCAGAUGGAGGUGGAUUGCCAAAACCAGGACAGCAUAAAGAAAUUCCUUGAGCGGCGAGUUGAACAGAUGCUGGAGAAAGCUUUGAAGGACAAACCCCCUGCCAAACCUGGGCAGAAGCCGCUGAUUCGCCUCAGGGUGGACUACACCGGGUGCUCCACAAUCAGCUCGCAGAUAUUUGGUCAAAUGUUUGUGGGAAAGGUUGCGAACCCACAUGAUUUGCUGCUGUGGACACGGGCAUCCAAAAGGAACAGGGAUGCGGUGGUGGAGGACAAUGCGCUGGGGAGUUACGUGCGCCCUGAGGAGCACGAUCAGGAUCGAAUAGAUGAGCUGAUUGUUGCAACCCUUCAACACGACCUAGAAAUCCUUCCAGAGGACGAGCUGGCCAACGCCCUGCGCAACUUUGUAGAUAAGGACGAGAAGGGUGCCCUUGCUGCCAUGUACAAUGCGUCUCUGGCCGAGACACAGAAGGCUGCCAUUGCCAGCGAUGCGGCGCGUGCCAUAGAAGAUGAGCAGCAUGUGGGUGACGUCAUUAGCAAGCAAGUAAAGCAGAGACAGUCCAAAAAGGAGGUGGCAGCAGCGCUGGGUCGCGCACGCGCUCCGGGGCCCACUGCACCAGUGCACGGCGAGGAGAAUGCACACAAAGGCAGACCCGCAGACGAUGACGUGGAACUGCCAGCCUCCGCAAGGCCGCCGUCGUCGAACACACCCAAUGACGUCAUCAACGCCGAGUCAUCUGCAGAUGUCAGGCCGCCGACGGUGGAUGAAGGUCUGGACUCUCCAAGAACUCGCGGGGCGCAGAGAAAGAGAACACGAUUAUCCUCUGCUACGAAAGCCAGGGCAGCCACCGCCACGCCCGCAGUGAACGCAGCGGAGCGCCCGGGGGCCUUCGUGUCAAGCGAUGACGAGGAGGAUGUGCGGAGAGCUCGUGCUCCACCCAGUAGGCGCGGCAGGAGGCGGCAAGCGUGA